GCCGUCCCUUUCACACAAAAACGAGGAGCAAUUAAGCCCGAUGUGGUGACGGCUGGAGGAGAAGAGGAGGAGGUAGAGGACCCAAGAACGACAGCCAGGACUAGGGAGGUAGUCCGUCGUACGCUAGCUCGGCUAGAGCUAUCCGGCCAUGGCUUCCUCCUCCCAACCUCACCGAGAAGAAGAGGAGGAGGGGCAGCUCCGGCACCGUGGCCAUGGCGACGGCAUCACCUCCCCGCUCCUGCCGUCGACGUCGCGGAGCUCGCCGGAGCCCGAUGACGACGACGAGGAGGAGAACUCGCCGAUCGAGCAGGUGGCGCUGACGGUCCCCGUGGGCGACGACCCGGACACGCCGGUGUUGACGUUCCGGAUGUGGGUGCUGGGCAUGGCGUCCUGCGCCGUGCUCUCCUUCCUCAACCAGUUCUUCUGGUACCGCAAGGAGCCGCUCACCAUCACCGCCAUCUCGGCGCAGAUCGCCGUCGUGCCGCUCGGCCGCCUCAUGGCCGCGGCGCUCCCCGAGCGGGCCUUCUUCCGCGGCAGGGCCUACGAGUUCACCCUCAACCCGGGGCCGUUCAACGUGAAGGAGCACGUGCUGAUCACCAUCUUCGCCAACGCCGGCGCCGGCACCGUCUAUGCCAUCCACGUGGUCACCGCCGUCCGCGUCUUCUACGGCAAGAACCUCACCUUCUUCGUGUCCCUCCUCGUGGUGCUCACCACCCAGGUGCUCGGGUUCGGGUGGGCGGGGAUCUUCCGGCGGUACCUGGUGGAGCCGGCGGCCAUGUGGUGGCCGUCCAACCUCGUGCAGGUCUCCCUCUUCAGGGCGCUCCACGAGAAGGAAGUGCGGAGCAAAGGCGGCUUCACGCGCAGCCAGUUCUUCCUGGUGGCCUUCGUCUGCAGCUUCGUCUACUACAUCUUCCCGGGCUACCUGUUCCAGAUGCUCACCUCCCUCUCCUGGAUCUGCUGGGUCUUCCCCAACUCCGUGUUUGCCCAGCAGCUCGGCUCGGGCCUCUACGGUCUCGGCAUCGGCUCCAUCGGCCUUGACUGGGCCUCCGUCUCCUCCUACCUCGGGAGCCCCCUCGCCAGCCCCUGGUUCGCCACCGCCAAUGUCGCCGCAGGAUUCUUCAUCAUCAUGUACGUGAUCACGCCCAUCGCGUACUGGUUCAACUUCUACAAGGCGCGGAACUUCCCCAUCUUCUCGGAUGGGCUCUUCACCGAGACUGGGCAGAAGUACAACAUCACGAGCAUCGUGGACUCCCAGUUCCAUUUUGACACGAAGGCCUAUGAAAAGAAUGGUCCACUGUACCUCAGCACCUUCUUUGCAGUCACGUAUGGUGUUGGUUUUGCAUCCCUUACUGCGACGAUCGUCCAUGUCCUCCUCUUCCACGGAAGUGAAAUUUGGCAGUUAAGCAAAUCAGCUUUUAAAGAGAAGAGGGUGGAUGUACAUACGAAGCUUAUGAGGAGAUAUAAGCAGGUGCCCGAGUGGUGGUUCAUCUGCAUCCUUACUGUUAAUAUUGCUGUAACUGUAUUUGCUUGUGAAUACUACAUCGAGCAACUCCAGCUGCCCUGGUGGGGAGUACUUCUGGCAUGUGCCAUUGCAUUUUUCUUUACCCUCCCAAUCGGAAUUAUCACAGCAACUACGAACCAGACUCCAGGAUUGAACAUCAUCACAGAGUACAUCAUGGGGUACUUGUACCCUGGACGGCCCGUCGCAAAUAUGUGCUUCAAGGUAUAUGGCUACAUCAGCAUGAGCCAAGCUCUGACAUUUCUGCAAGAUUUCAAAUUGGGGCACUACAUGAAGAUUCCCCCAAGGACCAUGUUCAUGGCUCAGGUGGUGGGAACUCUGAUUGCGGCGUUUGUGUACCUUGGAACGGCAUGGUGGCUGAUGGACUCAAUACCCAACAUCUGCGACACCGAGCUCCUCCCAGCAGGCAGCCCUUGGACCUGCCCUGGCGAUCAUGUGUUCUAUGACGCAUCAGUCAUAUGGGGUCUUAUUAGCCCACGCAGAAUAUUUGGGGACUUAGGAACUUACUCGGCGGUGAACUGGUUCUUCUUGGGGGGAGCCAUUGCCCCACUCCUCGUCUGGUUUGCACACAAGGCAUUCCCAGGCCAGAACUGGAUCUUGCUUAUCAACAUGCCCGUGUUGAUUGGUUCCACUGGCCAGAUGCCACCGGCCACUGCGGUCAACUACAUCACAUGGAUAUUUGUUGGGUUUUUGUCAGGCUAUGUGGUCUAUAGGUACCGACGUGACUGGUGGGAGCGGCACAAUUAUCUGCUUUCAGGUGCACUAGAUGCUGGCCUGGCAUUCAUGGCCGUGUUAAUUUACCUGUGCCUAGGCUUGGAGAACAUCAGUUUGAACUGGUGGGGCAAUGACUUGGAUGGAUGCCCCCUGGCUUCUUGCCCCACUGCUAAAGGUAUAUUUGUUGAGGGUUGCCCAGUGUAUACGUGACCAUUUCCUCAUGUCUGGUAGUCCCAGUUUGCAGAAAUUGAAAGUCCCAACCUGCAUGCAGGGAUCAAUGUAAAUAAUAAAUGCUUAUUUUCAAACCAUUCAUUCAGAGAUGAGAAAUUGGUGUUAUUUCAUAUA